GUAAGGACAGGAAUAAACAUUAACGCAAAAGAUGGCGGACUUCAAGAAGAGGAAAGUUGUUCUUCGCAAAAGAAAUGAAUCGUCAGACAGUGAUGAUAGCUCUGAAGACGAGGCAGCAGUACGAGCCAAAUUAGAGGACAUUAGAGCUCUGCAACAGCUGAGAAAUCGACAAAGCGGAGUCAGUGCUGCCAGUUUGGCUCUGGGGAAGAAGAUAGCCAAAACAGAGGAAAUAACUGAUAGUGAUCCCUUUAAGAUGAAGACUGGUGGAUUUGUGGAUAUGAAGGCCUUAAAAACAAAGCCCUUAACUGGUGAUGUAGCUGAAGCUAUUGGCACUGCUUUUGCUGCUGAGACAAACAGACGUGAUGAGGAUGCUGAAAUGUUGAAGUAUGUGGAGGAAGAAGUCGCCAAGCGCAAAGGUCAUAUGCAAGAGGAGAAUAAAUUAAAGACCAGCAUCCAAAAAGCUGAGGAUUCCCUGUAUGAGCUUCCAGAUCAUCUCAAUUUAAAAUCAUCAACAAAGCGAUCUGAGGACAUGUUAUCCAAUCAAAUGCUGUCUGGAAUUCCAGAGGUUGACCUUGGCAUAGAAGCCAAAAUCUGCAACAUAGAAGCUACAGAAGAGGCGAAGCAAAAGCUGUUGUGGGAACGAAUGCACAAGAAGGAGGAGGUGUCGGACUUUGUGCCCACGAACAUUGCUGUCAACUAUAUGCAACACAAUCGCUUCAAACUUGAGGACCACCAAGCACCAAGAGUGAGAAAGGUUGAAGCCCCAAAACCUGUCCUGCUACGAGUUGGAGACGUUGAUCAAGCAAAUACCCCUGCUGCCCACAAGCGCAGCAAUAAGUCUGUUCAGGAUGAAAAAGCUACAGAUGAUUUCCACUAUGAAAAGUUCAAGAAGCAGAUGCGAAGGUUCUGAUCACUAUUGUGAUUUCGAAGGAGAUAGACACAAGAAACUUAUGACUGCUUGUGAUGUAAUUCCAUAGUGAAAGGGAGUUAUUUCAUAUUAACCACUUGUUCAAUAGUUUCAGUUGUGGUUGUUGAUCAGUAGGAGAAACUGUUGACAUAAUCCUGGUCAAGCAGUUUGGCCUUUUUCCUGCUGAGGGAAGUGCAAUCCCAGUGAGAUUACGAGCCUAAAAAUAAAGGAAAGCAGGUUAAAGAGGCUUCUGGUAACUAAGGCAACAAGAUUAUAUUUCCCAUCCAAUUGACAGAAAAUACACAGGUUUCCCCAAAUGUACCUCUUGUACAGAAAAAGAAUACAUUGAUGUGACUUCACUUGGGUCUGGUUGCAAGUCAGUUCAUUUAAAUCAGGAUUGGUGGUAGGUAAUAAUCUAGAAACUUGUUUGACGUGUUCAGUUUUACUUUUCGUAACCAGUGCAUCUUCAGUAAACUGACACUAUUCCGCAGUGCUCCAGAUUUUUUCCACGACAAUAUAUUUUACUAUGGAAGAGAUUUGCUGUAAAAGCUAAUGUUCACAUGACGGCUUUUUCAUCUUCAGAGGUUCCUAUGCGAUAAACGCUUCAAAGGGGAGACAGCUGCAUGUCGUGGGGGAAGGAACGUGGAAGUUUUGUUGUAAGGAGAGGCAAGCGCCUGCCUUUUGACUUAAUUUUUAUCUUCAUUUUAAAAUAUUAUUAUCUACACAGAAUUCUUGCCCCACCUGUGUUGAUGAGACAUUUCCAGCACUUAAGUGGGAAAGUAUCUGUUCUGGAGCAAGAAUCCUGAGGGCUAUAGACCUGAAGCUCAUGAAGGUUCCGUCUCAUUUCAUAAUUUCUGAAACAGGAAGUAACUCUUUGAAUAUUGGUAAUAUACCAAAAGACAUCGUUAACAGUGCACUACAAUAAUUGUGAUUGUAGAUCUGUGUAUCUGACUAAAAAGUCAUCUACAUGUAGGUUGCUGUUUUUAGUCAUUUGUCCUGGAAGUGGUGUCAUACAAUACAUGUAUUUGGAUACUGGAUUUCACUUCAUGAAGUGAAUUUUCUGACAAAAGAUUUUGAAGAAAAGGUCAGACAGGGCAUUAAAACUGUAAUAAGUAUGAGUGAAAAUUAAAACCAAACGCUUUACAAAC